CAGACGCCAGGUACUCGCAAAAACGCCGAAUCACAUCCGACACCAUGAACGCCGAGAACAGGUCGCUGGACCUUGAGAGUGGAGCAGUAUUUGUCGUCAGGCAGUCGGAGCCGAAGAGAAGCUGUUUCUGGCCGUCCCUGUGUGCGGUGGCUUUGCUCGGCUUGUUGGCUGUGUCUUCCUACCUCGCACUCUGUCAGCUCGGAGUUCUCCCUUCCAAGCAGGAGACAUCACUGAACUCAAAAACUGACCCAGCACAGGACGCGAACAACGGUUCAGCUGUGACAACAGUUCCUGGGAGCGCUGGUUUGCUUCACCUCAUGAAGCAGGUGGGAAAUGACCCGCGGAGGAGAAUCGCAGCUCACCUGACAGCAUCUAAGACUGCAAAAGCGAAGAAAGUGAUUUGGCAGAAUGAGGCAGACUCCACGUUCACCCAGGGUGUGGAGUUCAGGGACAACCACCUCAUCAUCAAGACCCCUGGUCAGUACUUUGUCUACACCCAGGUGGUCUUCUACAGUGUGGGCUGUCAGGAACAGACCAUCUACCUGAACCAUGAGCUCACAAAGCUCUCAUCAGACUAUCCUGAUGAAGCCUUGCUCCUGAAAGCCACCAAGUCCGCUUGCCACUACGGCCAACACGGAGCACCCUGGUUCAAGACCUCUUACCACGGAGCCAUAUUCGAGUUUGAAGAGGGAGAUCAGAUCUUCUCCAGGGUUAGUGAGGAGGUGGUCACAUAUGUAGACACUACCCAAGGAAGGAGCUUCUUUGGAAUAUUUGCUUUGUGA